AUGUCAAAUUUUCUAGAGGUAGAAGAGAAUAAAGAUGGAACCUUUGGGGACCAAUCUUCGCAGAUUUUGCUCUACAGACAUGCUGAGAGUGAGGCAAAUAUGAUUUGGAGGAACAAAGAUAUGCCAGAUACUGAAAAGUUAGAGCUAGAGAUGAAUGAGAAGUAUAGAGACACCGUUCUUUGUGAGAAUGGUAUAGAGCAAUGUGAAUCGAGAAGAGAUAUAUUGGCAAAUAUCAAUAUCCACACUGUGUUUAUUUCUCCACUAAGAAGAGCCAUGCAAACUGCAUACCAUUCCUUCAAAGACCAUCCAAACUUCGACAAAAUAAAGUUUAUCAUCGUUCCAAAUUUGAGAGAAUGCAUGAACUUAGCAUCUGGAAUUCCAUAUAAUAUCGAAAAGGUUAUCGAAGAGUUUUCUGAGCUGUUCCCAAUCUUGGACACAUCUCUCUUUGAUUCUUAUGAAGACAAGCUACAUUACUUCCUUGAUGACACAGAUGAAUGGAUAAAGAAGGAAGUAGUUCCUAAAAUUGAGCCUAAAGAAGGAGAUGUUAUAGGUGACAAUACCUUUGACUUGUUGCUCGAGAUGUCAAAAGCUGCCAAACCACAUAAACUUGAGUCAAAAUUUAACGUUCUUCAGAGAGUUAAUAAAGUUAAGGCUUACAUCAAUGAUUAUGUCAAAUCAAUUGCUCCUGAUGAGAAAGUCGCUAUUGUAACUCAUUUCUUUGUUCUUGAAAUGUGGACAGCAAUAUGGGAAGAUAGCCCUUAUGAUCCUGAGCUUAAAGAUGUGGCUAAACCAACCAAAUACGUUUGAUUCAAGAAUACCAUGCCUUACUAUUACUCUGGAAAUGACACUGAUAGUGUUGAAGCAGCUAUAUUAGCAGAAAUGGAAAAGUCCUCAUAAAUCUGAUUAAUUCAAUAGAAUUCUGACAUAGAGUACCAAACAGUGCAUCAAAAAUAAUU